CCUCAGGAGUAGACACUGGCUCAGCCCUCGCCAGAGUUGCAGCGGCAACGACGCUCUUACGAGAAUCAGAAACAGAAGCCAGCUCGUGAGAGCAGCUAACCCCAGAGCGGACGAUUGAUGCUCUUCUCUCAGUCGGUCCGGCACAGCAAAAAAUCGUGCUCGAUGCCGACUGGGCACGGCCAGAGCUUGCCAACCUCUGCGCACCCCCCAAUUGACUCACAUUCAGGGCAAGCGCAGCAUUCCACGAAACUGCCAUGGAUGAAAGUUGUGACCAAAGCACGAACUCGCGUGAAGUCUGUUUGGAGUAGUAAGAAAAAUGCUCGGGAUAUGGAGUCAGCGAAGCCCUACUACCUCGUACUUAAAACCGUCCCCGCUCUGCUCUGACUACAAAAUACUGCAGGCUACUCUCUUCGUCGAGAUCCCCUGCCGCAAAUAGCCAGAGUCCGUCAUAUCUCCUGUCCUCUCACCGAAACUCGUUUCUUCUUGAGGUGAUCUGACAGAUGCUUCUGACUUCCCUCGCUGCAGAGAGAGAUCGGGCCUCGCAGUAGGAUUCACAUUUCCACAGGGGUCAAGCUCAAGUUACUAGCAAACGGAUGAAAGACCGCCAGACCCGGAAGCAUAUUCCUGCCGGGGGAGGAGGCACUUUACGCAUCCAGUCGGUUGGAUACGACAAUUUGUCAACGUGAGCGAAGAGUUCCUUCACUUAAAACGCUGAAUUUAGGAAAUAGGACGCAAACAUGGAUGAAAGCCCCACGCCAAGGGAAGAACCUCUGUGCUAGGGUUCUUCUCUUCUCUGUCGCGCAGAGCAGCAGCAGCAGCAGCAGCUGAAAUUUAUUGUCUACAUUUUCAGAGUUAUUCCAUAGCACGAGAAGAGAAGCUGAGCAGAGCCCAUGGCAAGCGAUGCAUUAGGGCAGGAACGUGAAGGAGCUCUGUUCGCCGACUAUUCUGAAUAAAUGGGAUUAUUUCAACACCAUCGCCCAACUUUGACUGAUUUAACUCUGUACCUUUUUUGUGGGGUCGGUAAUGAGUGUGAUUCAUGAAACUGUUGAUUGCACUUUCAGAACUGGGAUGUCAUGACAGGAGAACCUAGCGGUGCCGACGCUUGGGAGGGAUGCUUUGUGGUGAUGGUAGAGCCUUUUGUGCAGAGGCGGAAAAUACAUUUCCUCUCGACAUCGAUGAAGCUCCAGAAAUUCUUUCGGACGAAUAAAGGACUGGAUGCGUGAGAGUAAACGGUGAAGACGAGAUGAGAAGAGAGCAGAUUGCAGGUGGGAUUCUGAAAGAUGAAACUUGGCUGCAAGGGACUUCGAAUUGAGCUCCCUGGCGGUCAUGGAGGCCGUCACGGACAGCACGGGCUACGAGCUGCGAGUAUUGCACGCAGCUGCGGACGGUGUGGAGCCCGCUUUGCUCUUGUCAGCUCCGAAAAAGAAGGCAGAAUAUCUCCUCAAUGUGCCGGAUGGCUUCUCUCGGCUUGCGCUGGAGCACAAAUCAACACCAUCAGGACGUCUUUCUUGCAUUCUCCUGACUUCUCUACUCCCUGCAGCCACCGGGGGAUUCGGGGGGCUUAUGCUCAGACUGAGGCAUGACGGACACGGGCAAUUACAAAUGAUCGGACCGGAGGGAACGACUGCAAUUGUUCAUUCUCUGCGCCAUGUUUGUCGGUGGCGACAUCCGAAGGUGUUUGUCAGCGAAUGUAGAGGGAAUCGUCCUCUUCCUGUAUUUGAAGAUGAAUACAUUGUGAUCGUCCCGGUAGUGGAGGGAGACCAGGCCACUGAAUGCCCUUGGUGCCUUUACGGGGCCACCAGUGAAAUCCCCAAAAGCGAACAGCAGAAGAAAGCUCCGAGCGUCAUCGAUUCUGCCACUAGUAGCUCGUCAGAAUCCUCUGAGUCGAGUGACGAUUCGAGUGAGGACUCUAGUGACAGCUCUCGUGCCCUGGACCGAGAGGUCUCUAGCCGUCCCACAGGCUCCAAUGGCAUUUUACCGCAGAGGAGGAAGAGAGAAGAGAACGCCCAAUCAUUCUCGGAUACAGAGGAGGAUGUUUUUGAUCAGCUCAGGCUCAAGAUAGACAAGUCAAGGAGGGAUCGGAUGGAUGCAUUCAGCAAGUUCCCCCGGGUAUCUCCUACGAUUCAAGCACCCGCGAGCCACGGCAUCGGUGAAUCGAUUGUAUUGCACCGGGAAGAACGGAAGGAGACGUUGGAGGAACAUCUGCAAUCUGCUCCUGAACAAGAGGUUUAUGAAGUCGGUUCGGUAAUUGAGAAGGGAGUGCUGCCGCAGGACUGCUCUGUUUCUCCAAUGAAACCUUAUAACUGGCUUUUGAACAACGACCAAGACGUCGAGCUUCCUGACGUCGAUGAAGAGGCAAAUCCAGUGUUCCAGUUAGCUCCGAGUCCGGGUAAGCAGCCGGAUGCAGCGUCUGGGCGAGCAGGGAGCACCGGCCCUUCAUCUGUCUUGGGGUACGUUUGCUACUUGCGGAAGUUGCGCACAGCUGUCUUGAUAAUUGCGUGUACGAGUGAGGAAAACCUCGAGAGUCUAAGAGAACACCCGCUAGUGAAUUGCCCUCAUCGUCCUGAUAGAACAGAGUCCAUUGAGAGAGGCGAAUCGAGAGUGAGAAAGGCGCACUCUAUCGCUGCAGUCGUCGAUCUCUCCCCUCGUAGCAUCACCAAAUCGAGGGAAUACGAGCUUUGGAUCGAGUCCUUGCGAAGCUCUGGUCCUCAUGUCGUCGUGAAGAGAGCCCAUGGCGAGUUUGGAUUCCAGUCAUCCCUCGCUACCCUCGCCAAGCUCAACUGCAUUCACAAGAGUAUUUUUCCAUUACCCCCCAGCAUGGAUGUCUGCGGAAAGACUGACCUAGCAUCCGCAAAGCAAGCCGCCGCUGAUGGGGAAAAACUCUUGGAUGGGGCCUUAGGCAUGAGACUUAUCUUCGAUAAAUCUGGCACCUGGGUCGAUCAUUCCAUGUGUCCUACUAAGCUUAUGAAAUUACAGGAAGCGUUGAGGCAAUCGGCUCUUCAUUCUCCAGACACUCGAGGUGAUGAGCUUUUAGCAGCCAUCGGUACCCCUAGCAUCCUUAGUGCCAACGCAGAGGCAGCUGCUGCCUUGAGGAAGAAAUUACAACUACAACGAACAGCCGAUCGUCCCCCCUUGACCUCAUCAGUGCAGAGUUCCCCAUCCGCGAAGAGCUUCCUGCAUUCUCAACAGGAAGCCUCUCUGGAGCCUUUUUCCUGCUCCGAGAACAGUGGUCCCAUCUCUCACCGCUCUGGCACCCCCGUGCAUCGAGAUGUUAACCAAUGUGAGCUAGAUUUUGAUUUUCAGCUAGUUUUUUUCGGGACAGGAUGCGCUGAGCCCAGCAAGAAACGAGGGAGUAGUGGUAUACUUUUGCAAGUGAAAGGAACGGACAGAGCCCUCUUGAUGGAAGCAGGUGAAGGGGUGGCCGGACAGUUUGUUCGGAGAUUCGGUGAUGAGGAGGCCCAAACCAUCAUUUCUUCUCUUGAAUGUCUCUGGCUGUCUCACAAACAUGGAGACCACGUCCUCGGAGUUCUUUCCAUUCUCGAGGCACGCAGACAGCAGAGAGAGCCCAUGGUCGUCAUCGGACCUCAAAAAGUUGGCUCCUGGCUUUUUGAGGUCCGAGAUAUCCGUGCAGCCAUGGGUUGCCCUGUGCCUGAGUUUCAUUUCAUCCGUUGUCAGGACCUCGUAGUGGCUGGCCGAUUUUUGGCCGACAGAGAACAACGAAAGCUCUUCGAUAGAGUACUCGCUAACUUGCAGCUGCAGAGCCUGAGGCUGAUUAGAGUCUUCCACUGUUUCGACGCUUAUGGGAUAAUCCUGCGAGGAAAGAGUGGAUGGAGUUUGGUGUACUCUGGUGAUACGAGACCUUGUAAACAACUCGAACAAGCCGGCCAUGGCUGCACGGUCUUAAUUCACGAGGCUACAUUUGAAGAUGAAUUGAUCGAGCAAGCCAAGCAAAAACGUCAUAGUACUGUUUCCGAAGCACUCAAGGCUGGAAUGAACAUGGGAGCACAGAACAUCAUUCUGACUCACUUCAGUCAACGGUAUCCGGAGAUGGUAGCCAUGUGCAGUGAUCAAGAUCAAAGAGUAUCAGUCGCCUUCGAUGGCAUGGUCGUGCCCAGCCAUUUACUCGGAUCUCUUUCCAGGCUGUUGCCCUCGAUUGCUUCAGUUUGUCUGAAGGUGGAUAGGACCAAACCAUCAGAGACAGACAAGUUUACGCAUGAAGAUUCCUACAAGCCUGCAAAUCAUGAACCUCCUGCUCAAAUUACUGAGAAGCAAGAAGAUGAUGAUUUAGGUUCCGUGCAUCUGGCUGCCUCUCAUCGGGGCUCUGGUACUCGUACGCAUGUGGAAUGUGAGGAGCGGCCAGUAGCUAAGCCGAACCAUAUUAGAUGGUCUGGAGACUCGGAGGACGAUGAAGGUGACGUGGGAGCUCCAGCACCACACCUGGAUGUUGAAGAUGCAUCAAUUCAAUGGUCAUCGGAUUCGGGAGCAGAUGAAUCACUCAAAAUACCUGAGUUUCAAGGCAGGUCUAGUUCCCUGGUUUGCUCAGAAGAUGCAGGAGCAGUGGCUCUUGUUCUGGACAGCGGGGUAACUCUUGUAGCUCCGAGAGAAGCAAAUCGUGAUGUUUUACUCACUUCUGCCACCGAGCUCUGCCGAGAUGAGGUACAGGGCCUUGCUCAUUCAGUUGACAGGCCCAGGCUUCAAAAGUCGAAGACGGGAUCUCGAAGGGCACUUAGGAAAAGUUCCUUCAAAAGUCCAGGCACAGCUGAAGUAGUUAGCUCAGUGGACCAUUUUUUGAAAGGUAUUGACCACUAUGGUAGAAUAGGAUCAGUAGGGCUCUAUGAGAAUGGAGAAAAUUGUACAUCUUCAAGUCUUGACUUUGCGGGAAGUAGAAGUAACGGUGGCAAACACAUUCGUUGGAUUGAUUCUGAUACGGAGGACUAGUUGCAAGAGGAUUUAGGGGAAUGUUAAGAUCAGUGUUGCAAAUGAUAAUUAUUCAUAUUUGCAAAUAUGAAUAUGAAAUUCA